GGCAGCGACGGCUCUGCCGCGCCCGCGCCACCACCGGCAUCAGCAGCAGGAGGAGCGGCGCGGCGCGAUGGGGUAGCGGCGGCGAUGGCGGAGCCGGCGGAGUUGCGGCAGGAGUCGGUGGUGCGGUUCUUGGCGGAGCGGGGCGGGAGGGCGCGCAACGCGGAGCUACUGGAGCAUUUCCGGGAGUGGCUGAGCCCCGCGGAGCCCGCCCGCCGCGCCGCCGCCCGGCACCGCUUCAAGGAGCUGGUCAACGCCGUGGCCACCGUGCGCCAAGAGCCCGGCACCGGAGUCAAGUACGUGCACCUCCGCCGCCGGUACUGCGCCCCGGAGCCCCCGGCCGCCGCCACCGAGACCCCCGGGGAGCAGGAGCCGCCGCCGGCGGUGAGAAACAGCGCGGAGCGGUCCAGCCCGCCGCCCUCGCCGCGGGCGGGCGCUGAGGAGGCGCCGCCGCCGGCGGCAGCGGGCGAGGAUGCCGGCAGCCGCCCGCAGCCCGCGGGGCGGCGGGGAGAGCCGCCCCGGCCAAGCACGGCGGUGGCCGGGGUCCAGCGGAGGGGCUCCCGCCGGGGGCCGCCGCCCGGGCGCGGCGGAGGCGGUGGCGAGGAGAGCGCGGUAGCGGAGGGCCCGGGGCGGCCCCCGCCGGCGGAGGCGGCGGCGGCGGCCGAGGGUGCCCCCGGGGCGGCGGCGCAGAGCGGCGGCCGCCGGAGCCUGCGGGAGGGGGCGCGGGGCGGCUCCCCCCAGCUGAAGCGCGGCGCCCUCCCCGGCGGGGGCCGCGGCCGCGACUCGGACAGCGCCUCGGUGGCCUCGUCGUCCGCCGAGGAGGAGGGGAGCACCACCGGCGCCGUGGCUCUGGACCCCUUGGAGCACGCCUGGAUGCUGUCGGCUUCGGACGGUCGGUGGGAGAGCCUGGAGGGGCUGCUGAGCUGCGAGCCGACGCUGCUCUGCAAGCGGGACUUCAUCACCGGUUUCACGGUGCUGCACUGGGCCGCCAAGCACGGGCGGCAGGAGCUGCUGGCCACGCUGGUCAACUUCGCCCAGCGGCACCGGCUGCCCGUGGACAUCAACGCCCGCACGAGCGGCGGGCACACGGCGCUGCACAUCGCCGCCAUGCACGGACACGCCGAGGUGGUGAAGCUGCUCGUGGGUGCCUACGACGCCGACGUGGACAUCCGCGACUACAGCGGGCGCAAGGCUGCGCAGUACCUGCACCGCAGCACCUCGGGCGACAUGCGGAGCCUCGUGGGGGCCCUGGAGGAGGAGGAAGAGGAGGAAGGGAAUGCUGGCAAUGGGAGCGGGCGCUGGAGGCUGUCCAAGGUGUUGCCGUCCAACCUCAUGAACUACAGGCUCUCCCACCACCAUCACAGCACUGGGGAGGAAGCUGAGGGCACCGACGGGGCAGCAGUGCCAGGCAAGGGCAAGGAGAUGACGAGGAAAGCCUCCAGCAGUGGACGGAUGAAACCUCGGCUUAAUAAGAUCCGCUUCAGGACUCAGAUCAUCCACAACACGCCCUCCUUUCGUGGUGAAACCGAGGAAGAAGAGCAUGAGGAGAAAUCCCUCAAAACGUCGUUCAAGCUCAGGCCAAAGUCCAAUGUCUUUGGAUAAGGCCGCGGAGCAGGAGGUCUGGGAGGUGGGUGCAUGGACCAAAGUGCCCUAAGGUGUAGCACAGAAGGUGAGGCAGGUACGAGUGGGUGCUCAUUUACACUCGUAGACUCCAGCCAGAUUGGUCCUGAGUAUCUUGCUUUAACUCUCAGUUCGGUGGUGUCACAGUGAGCCCAGUGGGUCAGCGGGGCUCUGGGAGCUCAUAGCUCCCGAGAGCAGCUGCUUUGGCUGGGCCCUCGGUGCUGAAAUGAGAGCCAGCGGAUGGGCUGAGAAACGCUGGGGUGUUUCAAAGCUGUGCUCCUUUCUCUCUAAAAGCAGGCUUCAGUAUCAUAAUCCUGUGUUAGUGGAUCUACUAGGAUUAGAGAGUUGAGGGGGAAAGAAAAGGGCAAAUGCUUUACUCCUGUAUUAUCACCUGGUACUAUGCUGGCAAACAACUUGCUGCCAGAACACUUCAGUAAUACGCAAGUAUACCUUAAGUUUCUCUUUAACAGCAAUACCACCUGGCACAGUGUGGAGUUGGGUACCCAAAAUGACAUGGUAGAGAAUGGUUUCCUGUCAGAAUCAAAGACUUGAGCCUGUGUUGACUUUAUGCAUUGAAAAUUGCUUGAUUUGACAUCAUGAAUAUAUUUUUUAAAAAAAUUAUUGCUCUGCAAACAAUGAAUAAAGUUAACUAUGUGCAGAAGUCUCUGCUGUCUGAGGUACUACUGAGCUUGCUUAUUGCUGUUGGAAUAUUAAUACAAGAUAAUAGAAGCAAAGAGUUUUUAUAUAUUUGGUAUCUUAUGUUUUGUCUUAGGCAAAGCAGUUUUAUUUUAAUCACUGUGAAUUCUCAAGUGCCAGACCUAGCGCAGUUCCAGUUAUUAAGUCUGGUCAAUUCCUAUUAAUAUUCUUUGUGUAACUCACUGCAUUUAAAAUCAGAAAAUUGUGUUGUAUGUGUUACCUGUGAAAGUUGUUCUCUUUUAGAAUAGAAGAGCAAGACACCAUUGCAUGAAAUCUUCAUGAAACUCUAAUAUGGUCAUGUACAUGUCUGCGUUCACUAAUAACUUGUGUGCCAGUCCCUUCAACUGACUUUGUGCAGAAAUGGAGAGAAAAAUAAAAAAGAGGGGGGAAUAAAAGGAAGGUGUGUGAAUUCACACAUGGGGUGAAAAGCUAGAAUUCUGAAACUCUAUCCUUGUUUAUCAUUCUGAGUGAAGCAGUAUAAUUACAUAUGAUAAUCUAGUUAAGUGAUGGCAAUGGUUUUUGAGUUCUUUUAAACCUGUUUUUCUAGAGAAAUGAUAACCAAGGCUUUGAGCUGUUGUUUAACAACCUAGUAAGUCUUAAUCUGAUUGACGAGCCUAUCCGUCUGCUAAAGCUUUCGGAAACCUUGAAUCUUGUUUCUCUGCUUUAAAUGUAGCAAUUCCAGUGAAAUCUAGCAGGCAGAAAUCUAGCUGACCCUGGAUCCUGAAUGCUACUCAAGGUAGCAGCUCAUCUGUGUUUAAGUGUUAAGGUUUGGCCUGUUUCAAUGCCACAUUUGUCAAAGCAUGAUUCGAGUUGGCUUCCUAGAAUACAUGUGCAUGUCUGGCCAGUAGCUAACCAAAAGUAGAUAGGCUUUGACAUGUUAAAAUCCAAAUUCGAGACUCUGUUUAACUGCAUGCCACAAGCUGUAGAACACCUCACAGGGGAACUGCUGCUGGGAGUUGUGCACUUUCAAGGUAACAGCUGUGUGUGGCUCUUGCUGCUGGCUUGCAUUUCUUGUAGCAACAGGGGAAGAGGAAGUGCUGCCAAUGCAUUGGCUUUAGACUUCCCAUGCAGAUAAAUUACCUAUUUCCGCACUUUGUGUCAAAACUAAUAAAUGACAGUGUUUGCAUAGGCAUGCAAGUGACACUUUAACUAUUUCUGGGAAAAGUUACAUUUUAAAAAAUUGAAUCUCUGUGUAGGUGCUGGUCAUUACUUUUGUGCAGAAAGACUAGAAAUUAUAUGGAGAUUCAGCUUUAGUUUAUAACUUAUAAGCUAUAUUGAUAUAGAUUUCACGUGCCUUCAUUUUGGGUUGGUUGCCACAAAUGAGAUGGAUAAAAUCAGUCUUGCAAAGCACUUUCUUUACAUCUGUGGGAUGGGACCAGAAAUUUUCCCUUGACCCUUCCCAUUUAAGCUGUACACCUAUGUAACAAUGAAGUGUCUGAAACAGAGGGAGGGACCAAUCAUACAAAUUAUAGCAUAGAGCUAGCUCUGUUGCAACAGAAAAGAAAAUUAAAUGCCUAAGUCUUAAACUUCCUUCUCUCUGGAAGAUAAAUCGCUUUUUAGACUUCUUUAGGAAGGAAGUUUUCUGACCGAAUGCUUGCAACAUGAGCUCAAUUGAAGACAUAUUCCACGCAACUACCAAUGUCCAGACCUUAUUAAAGUAGCUUUUCUGUUUUGAGUUUGUAGUUGUUUCAUACAAGCUGGUGGGUGAAGGGUUUCUCUCUUCACAUGCAAAUAGCAAAGAAUUGCACAAAAAUACUGAGUUUUAGAUAGCUGUUGGUUCUGGGAUAUAAUUUGAGGGUUUUGAAUAUAGCACACCUUGGAUUUGAAGAGACUAACUGGAACAUAAUCUUACAUAAUACAGUAGAACUUUUGUAAUUAGUAAGGGAACUUGAAAAAUAGUAAAAAAGAUGCCUCAUUUAUAACUCAUUAUUUGAUGUAUCAGAGUGAAAUUGUUGGUCCACUGAUACUGUUCAUCUGUCAAUUAAUGAAAUUUCACCACAGCGGUCCAAAGGUCUUUGCAAGGUGGGGUGCAACAGAGCAAACAUCUCUGUUGAUGAUCUGUCUGAGAUACAAUGAGGAAUGGCUAGAUAACCACUUGUGUCUGUCUGCGCUAUGGGAAUAAAGCACUUUGAUUUCACAAUUGUCACAUUCCACAUGGUUACUUUUUAUAACAUGAGCUAAAAUUUAAUGGGGUUUUUUGAGAUGGGACUCUGUUUCAAGAUAUUUACAGUCUAAACGUACACUUGAGUCAAAUAUUUUGGAUACGUUGCCUAGAAAGAUGUGAAUUUGAAAUAAAGUUGUAUGGUACAGAAAACUGGAGCACUUACUGGUAUGUUUUAAAUGGUACGUCUGAAGUUACUGGAUGUGUUCAAUUUUUAUGACGUGUGUAAGGUGGCAAGACUGUAAUGUAAACAUUUGGUAUCAUUUGUUUUACCUUAAGUUUGAAAAAAAAAUAAGAGUCAGUUUUUAUUAAUACACUUUUUAUGGGUGUCUCUCUGAAUGAUUUUGAGUUAAGAAUCUGUAAGCUUUGGUCUUACAAAAUAAAAGAGCCCAUGAAUUGUUUAUGCUUGAGUCAGCUCCUCUAUGCUACAUAUUUAGGUGCUAUGUGCAUAUUGGGUGUUAAAACUCUGUCCUGUUUUGUGUUGUUUUUUUUAUCAUCGAGAUGUCUGAUGCCAUCUAGCACUCAAAGAGUAAGACAUAGAAAAAAUACAGUUGAGUUGUUUGCAAGAAGUAACAUUUUUCUUUGGCAGUUACUCUCUAAUAACUCAUGUCAAAGCAAAUGAAGACACAACAAUUUUUGUUGUAGACAAGUAUGUCUAAAUAAGGGCCUGGAAGAGUGGCAUUGCUUAACUGAAAAUAGUAUCCUGACCUUACUUCUGUGCAGCUUAAUAUCUCUGACCCUGGAAAGACUAAUACUAGUUUUGGUCACUGUGUACAGGUCAAUACCUAAUUAAAAAAGGUUUAGGAUUAAGGUAUUUUGGAACAUGUCUUAAGUACAGCUGGUGGUUUCUCUAAAAGGAAGUUUCAUUUCAUUACCAAGCUAGACUGGUGGGAUCUUGGUAUAUUUAAAAAUUCUUAGAAGCUGCCGCCUUACCAAAAGAUAUUUUAAAACUAGUAAACCUUGUGCGGCUGGUAACUCCUCCGACAGACAUACAGAUUUGUGCUUAGACUGAAGAAGUCUCAGCUGUUACCAUGCUGGUGGAUCAGGAUGCAUGCACCAAGCAACCCCAAAUCAGUAGUACGGUGACACAAGUGAGAGUAGAAGGGACGGGGAAAGUGUUCUUGGAAACUUAGGAGAGGGUAGAGGCAUGCAGGAAGCAGCUUGCGGUUAUGGGAGAGGUGGAGGACUUGGUAGGAGAGCAAUCUAUGUGAACCUUGCUGAUCAUGCAAUGGCUUGCUAAUUUAGAAAAUUGUAUCCAAACGUAUUUCCCUUCUCCUGCAGAGUAAUAGUUGAGAAAGCUGACGUGCUGAGAGCUCUAAUGUAAAUUAAUGUCUGAUGCUAAGUAUUGUAGUUGGCCCUCUUACCAACAUUUCUUAGUGUGACUAGUACUGUUUGCAAAAGCGCAAACAACUCUUGUGUUGAGUGUAGCUACAGCUGUUGCAGGAGAGUCCUGAAACAUCAGAAUGAACACACUUCACUUUAGGCUUUUCACUGGAAGAGAAACCCUUCAGCAUUGCAUUGCUGACUUUUUUUUCCAUUAGCUAGAAAGGAGGACUAACGGGAUUACAGUCCUGACUUAAUAUGCCUUGACUUAUAGGAAUGCAUAUGAACCUGAAGGCAAUAGAUUAAACUUCAGAGACUUUAUCCAGAAAAGGGUAUCUUAGUCAUGCAUUUUGUUUCCCUGUUGACACUGAAGAAUUAAAAAGAAGGUGCAUACUGUCAUUUUUUUCAUGUCCUCUACUGAGGGUGGGGAGAAGGAAGAAGUCUGAGAUUAAAAUUAGGAUUUGAGAGAGGAACUAGCUUUUCAGUUUGUGUUAAAACUGUACAGUUUGACAGAAAAAGAUGGAACAUACAAUUUUGAAUUUCCAGUUUUGUUAUAAUGACACAUUAUUUUGCAGCUGUUCCAGAAUUUAUCUUCUGUGAUUUUUCAGUUUAGCCAAAUCUAAUACUGGUGUGUCCUAAUACACAUUAUUGGGAAAACUGAGGCAACCUAUCAGGUUUGUGUUUGGUUUUAAUAAAACUGUGUUAGAGAUAUUUCAUCUUAUGUUGUAAAACCUGAAGAAACUGUGUUCUGAGACUUUUGCCAGGAGUAAAGCUGCUGCUGGCAUGUGAAAGAGUUGCCCUUAGAGCAGGUAAUACUCGGGUCAAGGUGCAAAAGCAUUCUGCGUUCUUUCAGCUAGAUCAGUCAUGCCAAAUGAACCAUUCUCGUGCGUUUAGGUGCACCCACCCUUCUACGUAGACAGUGGUAAACUGUCUGCUCUCCUAGGUUACUGGGGAGCAUGAGAAGGAGUUAGCAGGGUUUUUUUCUUUUCAAAAAGAGGUAAAGGAUGUCUUCAAUACAUUUUGGGGCACAGAAGUCCCUUGAGUCAUUUCGUACUAAAGAGGUACUGUCCCUUAUACUACUUUAAAUACAGAAAGACAAAAUGGACUGUGCAGGCUAUAAAGUUAUCUCUGUUCACUGGACACAAAACCUGCAUGACAUAAAGCAUCAAAGUACCAGAAAACAUGUUUGUAACACUUGAACGUAUAAGGACAUCUAUAUUUGCUAUUUCUCUUCCUUGUUACCCAUGGCAUACUGUCUUACAGAAAUCACUGUGACAGUUUGGGAGACUAUAAUUAAAGGAAUGCAGCUCAGAAAAUAGGGAUGCUUCAGAUAAAGAAAUCUCUUGAUUAAGAAUUACAUGGAAAAACUAAACAUAAGCUUUCCUUUUCUACUUUAAAUUUCAGGAAUGAGAACAAAAAAAAUUGUGUUGAUAACAGAGGUCUCCACAUGUAGCAUUUUAAUUAUAACAGAGACAAGAAGAAGUUAGUGGGGAAAUGUGGGAAAGGACCGCAGUUACCACAGUUUCUCUUCCAUGAUUUUAGUGUUGUGUACCUUAAAGGCAACACUGGUGUAUAAGAAACACUUAACAUAGUUCAUAGGAUUUCCAAUGAUUAUUCCACUAGCCAUGUCAAGACUAUUAUCUUUUAUAAUGGGUCCUAAAUGGGAGUUCUGACUAACCUGAAUGCCCACUUCAUCCUCUUUUGCUGGUGAGUGCCCUGUGAUCCCUAUGUAGAUGAAUCCAAAUUCUGGAAAACUGUGCCUCACAUCGUAUUAAAAGUAGAAUAUUGUAACUUUACAGAUGACUAAUCAAAGUUAACUUCCCUACACACCCUUCAAACUGAAUGCCUGACGUAAGAAGAAGGGGGAAAAAACCGUAAACCAUCUCAAACAUGCCAGCACACAUGGUGACUAAUCAGUACAGGGCAACAACUCCUUUCUUUGUAAUCACAGAAUGAUUUUAUUGUUCCACAUUCCACAAAGGUGCUCUUCAGGGGUCCUUUUCCUGGUGCCUGGUCAAAACUUGUGCUGAUGACAUUGCACAGUCAGUAUCCCAUAAUAUUGUCUAAAUACAAGAAAGGCUGUAGCUCCUCACCCACUGAAUCUUUGCAACCUACUCAAAUGGUGGCAGCCACGCAGGAAUCAUUCAUGUAUGUAUGUAUGUAUGUAUGUAUGUAUGUGCACACAUGAAAAAAAGAAAAGGAAUUACAGCUUUUGGCUGUAAUUUGGCUGUUUUCCUACUUUUCCCUCAUAUCUCACUAUGACUUUCCUGGGAGCCAGUCAACUCAUUUGAUUGACUCAAGGGAUAUUUUUAGCCUAAAUUUGCAAACAUAUAUCCUUAAAACUUUGUUUAAACAACACAAUUGGAUUCAGGCUUAACUGAUAAAAUAUUCCUAGGAAGAACUUAAGCCCAACCUAGUCGAUGAAUAUAUGUGAAAAUCAGUGUGUGACUGCAAGACUGGCUUCAAGGCUUUAGCUGACAACUUGCAUUUAUAUCCUGGGCUUGAUAGGUAACUACCAUAAUGAUGAGUGCUACAGAAAACCUACUAUGUGAGUUCCUGCACCGAUAUCUAUGAAAAAAUGGCAGGGAAAAAACCUCUGUUAAAAAAAUCAGCAUUUGAAUUUUUGUUUAAUUUUGCAGGGUAAUUUUAACUAUACACCAGUUAUGAAUCAGAUUAACCCUGCUGCUUGCUAUAAUCUGUUUUUUGAUUUGGGGAGUGUGAGAAGACAAUUGUUAUUACAGGAUCCUCAGGUUCCCAGGUUUCAUCAUAACAGCAGUAUUACCCCAUCUAUACAGAGCAUCUGUAGAUUCUCUACAGACACUACUAAGUUGCUUACAAUCCACAUAUGGGAAUGGGAAAUACUGCUGUGAAAUAUAUCCCAAAAAUUAUAAGCCUGAGAAAAUAAGAGGCACACAAAUGCUGUAUGAGUUGUCCAAGUCUACACAGGAAGGCCGUGUAUAUGUAGGAAGUACUGUAUCCUCCCCAAAAAGAAAAUCUGAUCAACCAAAUUCUCAUUAAAUAUUCACCGUACAGUAUAAAUAUGGAAUUUAUGCGGUAUUCAAACAUUUGCUGAUUUUAGAGUUUUUCACUAACAUCUUUAAAUAGUCACAGUUUCUUCACUCCCACGAAUGAUAACUUUGCAUUUGCUGGUUGUCUCCCUUUUUUUUCCUCCACCCUGUGGCUUGCAGUGACAAUGUGGCAAUUCAUGAAUGAGUGGGUGACAUGAAAAUGUCACUGUUAAUCUUCUCUGGUAUUGAUGUAAAGGGCCUAUUUAUGUUUGCUGGCUAAAUCCUGCAUCUAACAGAAGGCAUUUAUUAGUAUGUUGUUAGAAUAAUUGUUUCUUUAAUGACAUAGUGAUGUUAUAUCUGAUUGUGCACAGAAGAAGAAAAGACAGCUGAUGGAAUUAUAGUGCAAAUUACAAAUUUCAGUCUCACAGGGUGAUAAUAAUAAAAUCUUAGGGUAUUUUUUCUGAGAAUUGCUCUGUAUUACACUAAUUUAUGUACGUAGCUGCUAUUUAAUUCCAGAGCUGUGAUUAACUAGAACUUCCUUAUGUUUAAGCUUAGCUACACUUUGUUCAUGUCAAGUGCAGGAAUAAAUUUGGUGUAGGCGUGUGUC